CAUGGACCCAACUAAGAUCAAACCUGCAAUCAGUUCAAAAACACCCCCUCCUACUCUAACCCUAUCAACUUAUUGAAAUGAUGCUCUGUACCCAGAAGUCAGAGUUUUCACACUGAAUGAGACACAGUGACUAUCUUCGCUCAGAAUUGUAACUGCACAUCUCAGUUUGCAAGUUUGUUAGCAUGCAUAGUGGUUUGUUUACACGUAAUCUAAACUUGUGGAUUUGUUUGUUUGGGUGAACAAAAAGAGUUAACAACCUAGCCAGAGUAGUUUGUGUUUGCUUACCUGUGUUGAACAAAGGCAAGACACAGCUUUGGAAGCUACUAUCCACUAGCUAUGGACAAUGGAUGUCAAUGGCUCGCCAAAUGCCCUAUUUCUAUUUCAACUUGCCUAAACCGCAAGAGGGGGUGAGUUGAACAAAAAUCAUGUCACAGAUAAUGACAGCAAUUUAGUUGGGGUCUGAGCAAACCGGCCACAAACAUCUGAGCAAACGGCUUAACACAUCAGCCUAAAUUGAAUAGAAUUCCAAGUUUCGAUCCACACAUGGAUCCAGCAGUAAGGAUAAUAUAAUUGUCUGUUUUAUACUCCAAUAUCAAUUCCCCUCCUGAUACAUGUGCAUGAACCCCUAAGCGUGUGAGGGCACAACAUCUGGAUGCAUGCCCUGCACACACACACACACACCUCUGCUUGCCGCUUCUUUGUGCCUGGUGAUGAUGGUAGUGAUGAGCGAGCCGGCGUCAAAGCAUGUCCCCCAGCAUCAGACCCGGCCCCCCUGCCCGGCCCAGGGCCACCAGACGCCACUGCACAGGGCAGCCGCCGCGGGCAACAGCGACGCCAUGGCUGCCCUGGUCCAGGGAGGCUGCGCCCUGAACCUACAGGAACGGGAUGGCAACACAGCCCUCCACGAGGUAUCCUGGCACGGCUUCUACCAGUGUGUCAAACUACUGGUCAAGGCAGGAGCAGAUGUUAAUGUAAAAAAUAAGGCCGGCAACACGGCUCUACAUCUUGCGUGUCAGAACGCACACGCUCAGAGUGCACGCGUCUUGCUGCUCGGAGGUUCAGCGGCUGACGCCAAGAACAAGAUAGGGGACACCUGCCUGCAUGUAUCCUCUCGUUACAACAACGUCAAGGUGCUGAAGCUUCUGCUGAGCACACUGUGCUCUGUGACAGAGCAGAACCAGGAGGGGGACACGGCCCUGCACACGGCCGCAGCGCUCAACCACAAGAGGAGCGUCCAGCUGCUGCUGGAGGCUGGAGGAGACGGGAACGUCCGGAACAACGCAGGCAGGACGGCUCUGGACAGAGCGAGGGAAAACAACAGCGCAGAGGCAGCGUUGGUCCUCGCCCGGGCUCCCCAGGUGCAUCGCUUCAUGCGAGGAAGAACGAUAAGGAAGCAGAGAGAGAGAGUGAGGGCCGAGCGUAGGACCCAGUCCGUCAAUAGUGUCGACACACUGGCUAAAAGGGAGAGCGCCUCGUCUGCCGAAGACAACGAGCUAGACUCUGUGCCGAGGGCCACCCGACCGAGGGCCACCCGACCAACGGUCUUCACGACUGGCUACCAUUGUCAUCCCCACCGUCGCCGCAAGAUGGCCGCCCUCACCGCCGGAGGACCACACGGCCGAGGGAGUGGGGCCUUGAAUGAGGAUCAUGCAGGGAGUGGAGAGGGAGUCCCUUCAGAGACCCAAAGGAGGAAAGGACUUCUCCCGUCCGGCAACUGCAGGGAACCUCCGAAGACCAGGGCCUAUCAGCUAUACACACUCUUCCGAGACAGACACGGCACGGUACGACAGGCUCCUGCCAGAGGGAGCCACUGUAGGGCCCGCUUCAGGAAGCUGGGGGGCCAGAUCCGAGCCACCCAGGAGGAGAUGAAGUGGCACAUCGUGAGCUUGCAGGACCAGUUCAAUGUCCAGCUGGGAAGGCUGCACCGCAGGAACCUACGUCAGAUCGAAGUGUUGGACAUGGUGAAUCAGGAGAGAGCGGCCACAGAGAGAGAAGCCAUGCUCUACAGGAUAGACCAGCAUGCCGAACAGGCCAGAGAAGAAGCCAUAAGGAGCCAGGCAGCGAUGAGCCGGGACCUCAAGCGGUGGUGCAUGUCCCGGAUGAGGGGCAUGGAUCUCCCGCCCAGCCCCGAGCCUUACGCUCUGCUCCAGUCACCCUCUGUGGAGGUCUCUGGGGCAGAGUCUGACCUGCUGGAGUCGACCCUCCCUCUGCUGGAUGUGGUGCCUGGAGACGACAGCAGCAGCAACAGCUCCUCCCUGGCCACCUACGUCAGCGGUCUCCCCAGUCUUCCCUCCUCCUCCACCCUGGCCAAUGACGACCACAACCACCAGACACCAGAGGGCCUGCCAGUGAGCUCUGCUGACUCCUGCUGGCGGCUUCCGGGAGUGACGCUCCGGGGUUCGGUGGUUCCUCCGGCCGUCGUAGGCUUGGGGAGGGCCAGGGGCAGAUCCACCAGUGGCAGCAGCAGCAGCAGCUUGUUUGCUGUCCCAGCCAAGCCCGGAAAGGCCGAGAUACUGGCGACCCGGGGCCAGCGGUUAGGACACAGGAGCUACGGCUGGGCCUGCAAGAGACGGCUCAGUGAACCCGUGCUGGCCCGUGGGCGGGCUACCGCUGGCACAAGCACUGACAACGACGCUAUGCUGGGGGUCUGUACCGACCGACAAACGUUAAUCCAGGAAAGGAACCAUCGGCAAGCUGUUGAAGUGACUCAGCGGUUCUUCGAGGCGGUGUCGGCACAGCUGGAGCGCUGGUACGAGAGCAAGGUGCAGGAGGCCAAGCGCCAGGCAGAGCUGAGGGCACAGCAGGACAUGAGGCGGCUCCUGCAGCGAAUCACCGCCCUGGAAGAGGAGAUCCAGCGGCUGACAGCCAAUGACAAGGCCUAGAGCGCUCUGGGGCCCCGCCCACUCCACCAGUUCCCUCCCCCGAAACCCAUUGACUGCCACACCAAUGAUUGGCAUGUUUUCAUCCACAAAAACAAAGGAGAGAGUUAAAGUCAGAAACACACUCUUCCUCUCUGCCCAUAACCAAUGCUCAGUGUUUCUUUGUUUCCUGACUCUUGUUCCCGAUCCUCUGGUAUACUUUGUAUGAUGUGACAUGUUAUGAAAGGUCACCAGAGCAAUGACUCGUGAGUGGACCAUGGAUCCAUGAAGUUCUAUAAUGCACUAAUGAUUUAGUGUCAGUCGCAUCACAUGCCUACCAUCCCAUUAUGGAGUGUGUGUGUGUGUGUGUGUGUGUGUGUGUGUGUGUGUGUGUGUGUGUGUGUGUGUGUGUGUGUGUGUGUGUGUGUGUGUGUGUGUGUGUGUGUGUGUGUGUGUGUGUGUGUGUGUGUGUGUGUGUGUGUGUGUGUGUGUGUGUGUGUGUGUGUGUGUGAGAGAGAGAGAGUGUGUCAUAUUCUGCUUGUUAUGUUGCUUAUGUUUAUUUAAACAAGCGGGUUGUCGCAAUUUUUUGAUGUUUUUUAAUGGCCACAUAU